UUAAUACUCUAAAUCAAAAGGCAAAAUCUCAUCAAUUGGAAGAAAUUAGCAAGACAAUCCAGUAAUGCAAACAUUAACAUAUUUUCAUUUUACAUUCAUAAACUUCUGCAUAUUUCUAUUCUUUCUUGCAUAUUUAUGGCAUCCUGACCCUCUCAAGAAACCAAAUUUUUAUGGGUUCAGCACCAAAUUUAGCACAACUCAAAAGCUAAACCAAAACCCAAAAUCAAAUUUAAAUUACUUGACUGAUCAAACUCCUCAGCAUCCACUAGACCCACUUACAGUUCAAGAAAUCAACACAAUCAAAUUAAUUCUUUCAUCAUAUCAACUCUUUUUGUAUUCAUUUCCUGCUAUUCAUUAUUUAUCACUUGAUGAGCCAGACAAAUCUUCAGUCUUGAAGUGGAAAAAAGGUGACCCGAUUCCUCCAAGAAAAGCACUUGUAAUAGCAAUAUUCAACACUCAAACUCAUGUGUUAGUUCUUGACUUAAACUUUGGUCAAGUUAUAAGUCAUGAAAUUAAUCCUUAUUCAGGCUAUCCUAUGCUGUCUAAUGAAGAUAUUUCUGAUGCAACUCAAGUAGCUCUGUCUUAUCCGGAACUAAACCGGUCUGUUAUAGCCAGAGGAAUGAGUUUUAGUGAUUUGUAUUGUUUGGUUCAGUCAACCGGUUGGUUUGGUCCGGAUGAAGAAGGAAAAAGGGUCAUUAAGGUCCUCUGUUACUCAAGCCAGGGUACAGUAAAUUUCUACAUGAGGCCACUUGAAGGGCUAAUUCUAACUGUUGACCUUGACAAGAAAAAGGUAAUAAAAUUUUCUGAUAAAGGAAGAGAGAUUCCAAUUCCCGGAGGUAAGAGCACAGAUUAUAGAUAUUCAGCACAAGACAUGACCGAACCGCUAAAAAUGGAGCCAAUCAACCCAAUUUCAAUGGAGCAACCAAAAGGACCGAGCUUUACUAUAGAAAAUGGUCAUAUAGUGAGAUGGGCCAACUGGGUUUUUCAUAUAAAAGCUGACCAAAGGGCUGGGUUAGUGAUUUCACAAGCCAUGGUUAGAGACUCAGAGACUGGGUUGCUGAGGAGUGUGAUGUAUAAAGGGUUCGGUUCAGAGGUUUUUGUGCCGUACAUGGAUACAGACGAGGAUUGGUAUUUUAAGACAUACAUGGAUGCUGGUGAGUUUGGUCUAGGAGUGAGUGCGAUGCCACUUGUGCCGUUAAAUGAUUGUCCUAGAAAUUCUUAUUAUAUAGAUGGAGUUUUUGUGUCGUCCGAUGGCAGGCCUUAUGUUCAGCCCAGCAUGAUUUGCAUUUUCGAAAGGUAUGCUGGAGAUGUCAGUUGGCGCCACUCGGAAAUGGCCAGUUACAAUUUUGAGAUUAGAGAAGCAAGACCAAAAGUUACACUUGUGGCUAGAAUGGUAGCAUCAUUGGCCAACUAUGACUAUAUAUUUGAUUGGGAAUUUCAAACCGAUGGUUUGAUUCGAAUCAAGGUGUCUCUUUCUGGGAUGGUAAUGGUAAAAGGGACUCCAUAUCAAAAUGUACAUGAAAUUCCUAAUCAAGAAGAAAUGUCAAGCCGUUUAAUAUCAGAAAAUGUGAUCGGUGUUGUUCAUGACCAUUUCAUAAACUUCCAUCUCGACAUGGACAUUGAUGACAGUAAUAACUCAUUUACUGAGGUUAAUUUAGUUAAGGAAGAGAGUUUAGCAGGUGAAUCGCCAAGAAAAAGUUACUUUAAAGCCAAGAGAAAAAUAGCAAAAACAGAGGAAGAUGCAAGGAUUAAACUUAACCUAUAUCAACCAUCAGAAUUUCAUGUAAUAAACCCUUCGAAGAGGUCUAGGUUAGGAAAUCCAACAGGGUAUAAGGUUGUGCCUGGUGCUAAUGCAGCUAGCUUGCUUGAUCUCCUUGAUCCUCCUCAACUAAGAAGUGCUUUCACCAAUAAUCAGAUUUGGGUUACGCCCUAUAACCGGAAUGAACAAUGGGCUGGAGGACUUCUUGUCUAUCAGAGCAGGGGAGAUGACACACUCGAUGUCUGGUCUCAAAGGAAUCGUGGUAUAGAGAAUACGGAUAUUGUGGUGUGGUAUACCCUAGGGUUUCAUCACAUUCCUUGCCAAGAGGAUUUUCCUGUGAUGCCAAUUGUAUCAUCAACUUUUGAAUUAAAACCUGUGAAUUUCUUUGAGAACAAUCCCAUUCUUAGGGCUGCACCGAUGUCUGAAACCGACUUGCCUGUCUGCUGGCCGGCAGCUUCAUCUUGAUUUAUGAUGUUUUUUUUAAUGACAUAAUUUAUAAGUAAACGUACAUUAGUA